AUGAAGGCCAUGAUCCUUAUGUUGGAAAAAGAUAAAAACUCAAUUGUUCCAUGGUUUGUUGCUUUUCCAAGAAGCACAGAAAUUUUAAUGAAUGAAAAGCUCGAUGUUUCGAAAUUUUCAACAGACUUUUCUUCGAUUUUGCAUUAUUCAACGAAAUAUGCAAAUGAAGAUGUCUGUAAGCUAUUAUUAAGUUCGUCAGGUCCUUAUAAAUUAGAUCCAAAUUUGAGAAAUGAAAAAGGCCAAACCCCUCUCCAUUAUGCAAUUCAAUUCGAUCAUUUUGAAAUUGCAUAUUUACUUAUAUUACACGGGGCAAAUGUUAAUUCAGAAGAUAUUUGUGGAGAUACUCCUCUUCAUUUAGCCGCAAAUCUGAGUCUUCAAAUGAUGGCAGGACUUCUUAUUUCACAUGGUGCAAAUCUUAACGCAAAAAAUAAAAAAGGUAAGACUCCACUUCAUUAUUGUGCCAGAGUAGGUAAUAUAAAUACUGCCGAGCUUUUAAUUUCUCAUGGAGUGGAUAUAAAUGUAAAAUAUUACAAAAAUAAAACUGCUCUUCAUACUUCCUCAAAACAUGAUCAAUUCAAAAUUGCACAACUUCUCGUUGAGCAUGGUAUUGAACUGAAUGCAUUGGAUAUUCAUAAAGAAAAUGCCCUUCAUUAUGCAAUAUAUAGUGGUACAUCAAUUGACGAACUCCUUAUUACAUCUGGGAUAAAUAUUAUGGCAGCAAAUGAAGAAGGACAAACUCCACUUCAUUUUGAGUUAAUUUUCGAUGGUGGUUCAUUAGAACUCAUUCUUGAUCGGCUAAAAAGUGAAGAUAUCAAUGUCAAAGAUAAGAUUGGUAAAACAUCACUUCAUUAUUCAAUAGAUAAUGGCAAUAAGUUGUAUACAAGUUUACUUAUUUCAAAAGGAGCCGAUGUCAAUGCACAAGAUAAUAAAGGAUUAACAUGUCUGCAUAAUGCAGCACAAGGAAAUCAAAUUGACGACAUUGAAAUGCUUCUUUCAGUAGGUGCAGAUAUCAAUGCAAAAGCUAUAUAUGGCGAAACUUGUCUUGAUAUAGCAAUGAAACAAAAUUUCAAUGAAUUAGCGGAACUUCUUAUUUCAAGAGGAGUUAAUUCCUCCACAUAUGAAUAA